AUGUCCCUCAAAUCUCGCUCUUUAGUUAUUUAUCCAUUGAUCAUCUUGUUGAGUGCGAUGGUUUUGCUUCCCAAUGUAGCCUACUCCUUGGGCGUAGGCCAGCCGGUGACCUUGAGACCCGAAGAUCUCAAGGGCGAGGAGGUGUUGGAGGUCGGUAAUUUCUCGGUGACCGAAUACAACAAACAGAACAACAAAAAUCUCGAAUUUAAUGACGUGGUCGGAGGGACCAAACAAGUGGUGAACGGAAUUAAGUACAGUCUGGUGGUCAACGCCACGGAUGCCGGUGCUGCCGGGAACUACUCCGCUGUUGUGGUGGUCAAAGCGCGGGAGAAGAUACCCAAUACGCUCGUAUCCUUCAUAAAAAUAUGA